AUGUCAAACUACUACCAACAACCAUCCUACGGCCCAGGGCCCGGCCAGGGCGCCCAAAACCUCCAGUUCUACCCCUCCUCCUACUCCCCUGCCCAGGUCUCCGGCCACGCAACCCCACAACAGGCCUCCUACGGCUACGGAGCCCAGCCCUCCGGCUCGCAGUUCGGCGCUGGCGGCGCAGGCGGUUUUGGUGGUGCGGCCGCGUUCGGCGGCGCGGCGGGUGUCUCCGGGCGCAUGGGAGAGCAGGGCGGUCUGCGGACGGGCUGGCUCGCGGCCUUCUCGACGGAGGGAUACGACGGGGAGCCGCCCCUGCUGGAGGAGCUGGGCGUGAACUUUGGGCACAUCCAGGCAAAGACACUCGCGGUCCUGAACCCCUUCCGCCGCAUCGACCAGCACCUAAUGGACGACUCAGACCUCGCCGGUCCAAUCCUCUUCUUCCUACUAUUCGGCACCUUCCUCCUCUUCUCCGGCAAAGUCCACUUCGGCUACAUCUACGGCCUCGCCCUCCUCGGCAGCACCUCCCUGCACGUAAUCCUCUCCCUCAUGACCCCGACCGACGUCCACCCCUCCGCAACCUCCUCCGUCCCAGGCGGCGUCGGCGCCCCCCAAUACGGCGGCGCAGGCUACCCCGGCGCCGUCGACUCCCACGACCACCCGGCCGCCGCGGCGCGCACCGGCCACUUCUCCAGCACCCUCACCUUCGCCCGCUCCAGCUCCGUCCUGGGCUACUGCCUGCUGCCCAUGGUCGCCACCAGCCUCGUCGGCAUCGCCAUGCCCAUGGACACCCCGCUCGGCAUCGUCCUGACCACCAUGGCCAUCCUGUGGAGCACCUACUCCGCCAGCGGCAUGUUCUGCGCCGUCGGCAGGAUGAGGGGCAUGCGCGGGCUCGUGGCCUACCCGCUCGCGCUCUUCUACGUCGGCUUUGGUAUCAUGGGCAUCUUCAGCUCGAGAGGCAGCGGGGCACUGAUCAAGGCUGCUGCUGGGGUGAAGGCGUGA